UUUUGUACCGUCGUGUCGUCGGUUCCAUGCCACUCUCGCCGAUUGUUUCAAACUGUUGACUUUUCUUUCAGUAUUUUCGGUACCGCGAACGUGAACGGUUGCGUUUCUCUUUAUCUCACAGAGUGUCGGCCGGCAGGAAGGAAACCCGCGCGCGUUUUGUUCAGGUGCAUCCCAGUCAGUGAGCUCGACGACCAAACAGUGCACGAACCUCGCUCGUCGAAGUCGCUCGUGUGAUCGUCGUCGUCGUUGGUUUGUUGGUUGAUUGCGCGCCUCUUCGCGGUUCUUCGGUGUGCGCAGAGUGCAUGCUCGGGAUCCAUUCCGUAGGUUCCAUCGUUGCACGGCGCGCGCGGUGUCGUUUUUGUGUAUGAAUUCAAAAAAUUCCAAUCGAAAACUCGUUUUGCGUUUUCUUUUCUUUCCAUGCGGAUAAGUCAACCAACAGGCCGUGAAGAAAUCCACCAAGAGAGUGCUCUACGAUAACAAGGUGGGCGGACUAAUGUUACAUUGUUUCGGACCGAUCGCGAUCGUGGUGGGCGGAGGUGCCGGCGAGUAGCUAACUAGUGAGCCCGCGAAACAAGGUGACUUAGAAUUCGAGGGUAAAGUGGGUGUGUGUAUGUGUGUGCGGGAAGAAGAAACCAGUGGGGUUUGAAAUGAGUACAAAUGACACGGCAAAGACUGCUUCCAGUAACGCCCAGGUCGGCCAGGUCGGUAAGCAAUGGUGGAAGGUAUGCUUCCUGUAUGGGAACCAGGAGAAGUACUAUCGGCAGAUCUACGCCAAGGCGGCUUCGGAAAGGAUAGCUCAAUCGCAGCAGAAUGGGACCGGAGUGAAUCAAGGCAAGUCGGCGAUCAUUUUCCCCACCAAGCAGCAUCGCCCGAUUUUGGUCACCGGGAAGAAAGAUGCGGACGCUGAUCGACCUGCUCCGGCGUCCAAAAAGCGAGUUACCGUUCUGGAUGAUUCCUUCCUCUUGGGAGUCAGUGAAGAUGAGCAACGGUCGGACAGCGGCAUCAACAUCGAUGCCUCGAACCAACCAGAUGAACCGCCACCGCCCCUCAUCAACCGUGGGAUGCGGCGUAACUUCCACCUGAGCAGUGAAGAACUGCGAAUGCUGAACUCGGAUCGACCUCCCAGCGGGGUACAUACGGUACAAUCGAGUCCGCCGCCUCCGGUGCCGUCGCCAGUAGCGCCAACAAAUCCAUCUCCCAUUGUGACGACCAGCUCCAGUGGGAACUCACAAAUUACACCCAAUUCGUCAUCAUCAACAUCAUCUUCGCCAGUGGUGGUGGGUUCGGUGGCGGUUUCUAGAAGCCCGACAACCAAAGCGACCCACAUGCUGGCUGGACAUCGGCUGGACGUUCUGGAUCCGACGACGACGACGACGGGUAACCCGACCAACAACGGCAAUACCAUCCAGCCGCCGCCACGGCCCCACCCGCCUGCACCAAUGUCGUACCCAUACCAAAAACCAUCUCCCUUCGAGUACGACCAGCUGAACCGGGUGCCGUUGAGCCCGCAACACCAGCCGCAACCUCCGUACCCCAAGCCACCGCUGCAGCAUCCUUCGGCUUCGCCGAUCCACCAUCACCCACCGCCUCAGCAUUCCCCAUCGGUGGGUGACUUCCUUCCACCGUUGCAACCGCAACCGCAUCAGGAUGCCACGGGAUCACGAUCAAUUUAUAGUGCCCACGCCCUAUCGCAGGCGGCAAACAACCUUCAUCCCCAGCACCUGCAGCAUCUUCAGCAUCACUACAGCAGUCAACAGCCGCCGCUGCCACCGCCGAUGGGAUCGCCAUCACCUGCCCUCUAUCAUCAUUCACCUCGGGGUGCACCGGGGCCAGGCCAUCAGCAGCAGACAUUUCCGCCAAAUUUCCCUCCCAAUAUGCACCAACAGCACCAGGCGCAUCAGCAACACCAACACCCAGGGGGAGGACCUGGCGGAGGAGGAGCAGGAGGUGGCGGCCACAAUUAUUCCCAGUCCGAUGAUGACAGCGGUUGCGCACUGGAGGAGUACACCUGGGUUCCACCCGGACUUCGACCGGAUCAGGUUCACCUGUACUUCUCGGCCGUCCCCGAAGAUAAGGUCCCGUACGUCAACAGCAUCGGCGAGCGACACCGGGUCCGUCAGUUGCUGCAGCAGCUUCCACCCCACGAUAAUGAGGUGCGAUACUGCCAUUCGCUGACCGAUGAAGAGCGCAAAGAGCUGAAACUUUUCUCGGCCCAGAGGAAACGGGAGGCCCUCGGCAGGGGUACCGUGAAGCAGCUCGCCACGAAUCAGAUUUGCGACGGGUGUGGCGAAUGCAUUUCUUCCGGUGACAUGGGAGUGUACGCGUCGCGGUUCGAUCCGGGUACGUGCUGGCACCCGGCCUGUUUCGUGUGCUGCGUCUGCAAAGAACUGCUGGUGGAUUUGAUCUAUUUCCAUCGGGAGGCCCGGCUCUACUGCGGAAGACACCAUGCGGAGACCCUGAAGCCACGCUGCUCGGCGUGUGAUGAGAUCAUCCUCGCGGACGAAUGCACGGAAGCAGAGGGACGAGCAUGGCAUAUCAAACAUUUCGCCUGUUUCGAGUGCGACAAGCAACUGGGUGGUCAACGGUACAUAAUGCGCGACGGUAAGCCGUACUGUUUGCACUGUUUCGACGCGAUGUUUGCCGAGUACUGCGACUUCUGUAGCGAGCCAAUCGGCGUGGAUCAGGGUCAAAUGAGCCACGAUGGUCAGCACUGGCACGCGACAGACAGUUGUUUCGCCUGCAGUACCUGCCGGUGUUCGCUGCUCGGACGACCGUUCUUACCUCGUCGGGGUGAGAUUUAUUGCUCGAUAGCCUGUAGCAAAGGUGAGCCACCUACGCCUUCCGAUGGAUCAGUGCCAACCGUUUUGCCCUCACGAACACGCCUCCGUGCCCCCGGUCAACGUACCUUCGAUGAUCCUUCGGCGGAAUACGUACCACACUUGCCAAAGUCCCCCGAACCGCUGCAGAGUCCCAUCAGUGAACGGAGCACUCCUCACUCCAGCCCUGCCAAACACUCGCACACUGAAAUGUCCACCAACAUCUCCAGCCCCGUUCCCACGGAAUUCAACGAUCAGACAUACUCAAUUUCCGCAGAAAACGACGUACAAACCUACACCGAAAGCGGUACUACCUCACCCAUUUCUUCCCGAACUCUACCCUGUACGGAACCCAGUGACCAAACAGACCACCAGCACCAAUCCCUCCCUCCGCUCAUCCCCACCCACCAUCGAAUCCCUCAGUGCUCCCCUGAACUGGACCGACUGCUGCACAAAGACCGAAGUCGACAACCGCUGGACCUCACCGACCUCAGCCUAAGCCUGGACAACUGGCAGGCGGAUCACAACUCCACCGUCAUUCCGGGACCCAGUAUAGCCAAAACCAACCCGGCCCUAACCUCUUCGAUGCCGGAGUUGAGCCAACAGCAACAGCAACUACAACAGUCGCAACAACCUCAAUCACUACUAGCUUACGAUGAUAUUAGCCCGUUGGACAAAGCAAGUGCAAUAACCGAUCCGGAGGACGCCAUCCAGAACGCGUCGGACGAUGCUUCGCAUUCCAUAGUGGAGCUGCCGACACCGCCACCGAUAGUCAUUAAGAAAGAGGUCCGCUUCGAGGGAGACUUCCAGGACUCGCUUCCCCGCUCCAAGAGCUACUGCACCCGAUCCGGCGGUUCCCGUUCGCGGUCUUCCAAAUCCAAACGUCGCUCUUCACACCACCACCAGCAUCAUCACCGUUCAUCAGGGGAAAGCAGCAGCUACGGAGGCUACGAUCGUCACCACUCGUCCUCGGGCAGCAGCAGUAAUCGACGGUCUCCACGACGGAGGCGCGUCCCGGACGUGGAAUUUAUCGAACAUCAUCAGGAGCGCCACGGCGGUGGCGGCGAUGACGAUUCGGACAGUCGGAGCGUGUGCUCCACGUGUUCGUCCAGUUCAUCCAGCGCUGACGAUACGGUGUACGAGCUGCCGAUGAGGCGCACCUACGGCGGAACGCGAAUCCACUACAUGCCAAACAAUUCGCUUGCGUGCGCUCGCAAGCGGAAGCAACUGCAGAAUAGCCAUCCUUAUGAGAAAGACAAUAAGAACUGUAUCAUAUCGUGAAAGGAAGAGAGAGAGGCUGGUAGAGGAACCGUUGUGUUUGUGAAAUAUUUUAGUGUUAGAGCUGUGUAAAUUUUGUCGACGACUGCUGGCAUUACUUCUCGGCAGUAUUUCGCGUGUAGAGGAAAUGGGGGUUUUGGCGGUUAACCUUAACCUCCACAUUCAGCUUUUAUGCAUUAGUUAAGAAGCCGCCAAAGCCGUCAUUUCCCGUAAGUAGUUAGGGAUGCAUCCAAAAUGUAAAUCGAAAAUCAUCGUUUGAAAUCAAAAACUAACAUAUUCGCGUAGAGACAGAGAGCAUCGAAAGAGUUUGCAUGUAUUUUAAUUAUUCAUUUUUUUCGGGUUGAAAUUUUAGAUUUAUGAACGGAUUGAAUAUUUAUCUGGAACUUUUUAAAACCGAAGAGGAAAUACUCUGCAAAGAGAACGUGUAGUAGGAAACAGUGAGAUUAAUGUGUAUUCAUCGCAUAACAUACGAUUAUUGUACUCGGUAGUCGGUAGUACCGAAUAGCUGAACCGUAUUAAUGCUCAUAUCGUAAGUGUAAGGAUAUUUUUUAUACAUGUAGAGUUUGAUAGGAUUACAAUUUUACCGAAAAGUUGAAAGUGGAACCACGGAGGUUUGUUGGG